GCCCCUGUCCGCGCCAGGUGCUGUUUCCCCCCCUCCCGUAUGAAGUACCUGACCCUCACACUCCCGUCCAGGUCGCUCCUCAGGAUCGCCCGCGAGCGCCGCCUGCCGCCGCCUUUCCUUUUAGCUCCCCCGGCCUGUGCUACUACCUUACCUCACUGCUGCAGGUGCUGCCGUUCUACGAAUAGUCAUCCCUCCCCAAAAGGAUUCAGCUUCGUCAUCUUUGCACCAUCCCAUCCUCUCCGAACUGCUGAGCGCGGGCACAUACGAAGUACAUAUGUACUGAGGAAAGGUUACUUGAUUUCAUCCUCUUUCUCUCUCUCCCAAGCCCUUCCUGUCCUUCUCCCCUUCGCCCCCGACCCCGCGAACCCCCAAACUUUAAUCGUGAUUCACUGUACCUAUUCUCUUCGACUUCAACAGGCGUCCUUUCUAUCUAUCCGUGAGACUCUCAGCUCGACCCAUCCCUCACGAACAAACGAACGACCAUUCUUCACCCCCUUCCGCUCCCUUGCUCUGCGCGCGCACAUCUCUCGAACUCAGUCAGCCUCCAUCGACUCACUCACACAUCACUGUCGCUCUCUUUCUCUCGCCCCUCCCACUUCCCUUCCCACCCUCGUCCCCUGCAUCCCAAUAAUAACCAUCCACGAGCUUCCCCAACAAUUACGCUUUCGCCUCCGCACACCUCGCGGCACAGCUCAACCCAGCUACCCAACUACCGGCCUUGCCUUCGGUUCGAAAGACUAGAACACCUCGUCCUGGAAAGUCACCUGCUGUGCGACGCAACUCCUCAGUCACAAUGCAGUACGUACGGAAUCUCAGCGCCUCCGUCUCCUCAACAUGGAAUUCCAUAAAUCCGGCAACACUCAGUGGCGCCAUCGAUGUCAUCGUCAUUGAGCGGGAAGACGGCUCUCUCAACUGUUCACCCUUUCACGUGCGCUUUGGAAAGUUCUCUUUGUUGAGGCCUUACGAGAAGAAGGUUGAAUUCAAGGUCAACGGAGUCAAACAACCCUAUUCCAUGAAACUCG